AUUGAACACAUCCCCAGAAAAACUUUAUCAAAGACAGCUCCCUUUCAACUUUUCAGGCAAGUACUAACUAGUUUUCAUUUCUUCCUUAGACAUCGUUUUAUAUGGCACCAACGCAAAUUUUGAUUCUCGGCCACUUCUUCAUUCGCCGUUUACAAGUUUUUCUACGUCAAAAUUUUAGAAAUUUGCAUAUAGAUGGGGAUCUUUCCAUCAAAUGGCAUGGCAUCGGGGGAAGAACUAUUUCUAAACUGAUCCGACAUGAUCUAGGAAUAGUAGAGACAUUUGCCCCAGAGAUUGUCGUCGACCAGUUGGGCACCAAUCAUCUGUCUUCCCUUUUCACCGUUGAAACUGGCUCACCUCUCGAGGAAUUAUCUCGUUUGCUACAUGAGUCAUACGGUGUGCCAAGGGUCUGUGUUUGCCAGACUACUUUUCGCGGUAAUGCUCCUUUAAUCAAUCGCCAAGUUAUGUUACUAACAAAUAUCUCAAAGUAGUGUUGGAGCAGAUUCCUUAUGCUCUUUACUGGCGACAAAGAGGUUUUUGGAACUGAAAAUCCCGUUUUUUACACGCGAUGGUGUCCACCUUAAAGGAGCUGUGUCACGAAAUUCAGCCAAAUUAGAAAAUUACAACGAAUUGCUUCACUGGCUCGAUGUGAUCCAAUUUACGUCUUGUCUAUUAAUCUACUGUGCUUUUCCUUAGUUAUCCAAUUUGAUCAAAUUUAAUUACUUUGGCUAACCUGAUUCAAUUUGUGUAAGUGAGAAUGUCAUUCAAUUGAACGGCUAUAUUUUUCCGCGAGGCCGAUUGUCAUACUUGGCCCACUGUUUCUUGCGGUCUCGACCGUGAUUUACGGCGUUGGAACAACUUACUUUGAUGCUGUGUGUGUUCAGCACCUCUGUCAAAGCAUUUUGUUUUAGACAGUAGAUUUGUGUUCAAGUCGCGGUUGAAACAACCCGUACAUAUUAGCUGUGGUCACACUACUAGGUCAAAUUCAUCAAAAAUCGCCCGAGGUAAAUUCAUCUCGGGUUUUGUUUUACUUAGGUGAAAAAUUCUGGAAAGGUCACACUACGGAUAUCGGCUCUGAAGGUUUUCACGCUAGUUGUUUUUUUGGGAGCGUAAAUUUAAGAAGGCAAUAUGCGCAGGGAUCUAGCUGAUCAAAGAGACGUUUUUUCUUUUAUCUCACUGUUAUUUCUUACGCUAAUUCAACGUGCAAGGUGAAGAAAGGUGAAGACGUAGACGACUCGUGCCCCGCAAAUAUCUUUCACAGCAUGAGCUAUGCCCGGUUCUGUCAUCAAGACUUUCGCCGAUAAGCGUCCAUCGGCCAGCAACCUCGGUAUUUCAUUUUUCCCUAGCUAUCCCUUUGGGGUAGCUGUCAAGGGAAACUCUUUUGUUCUCAAGACAUAUCCAAGACCCAGACGAUAAAAUUUCCCCUUCGCGUUGUUGUUUUGUGCUAUCACUUUGCCCAUUCAGUGUACAACCCAUUGAUCGCCCUUUCAGGGGUGUGUCUAAUGCAUUCUGUGAUAUUGCACUUGUUUUAUUUUUGGCCGAAAUUACAUUGUAUUCUGCGUUUCACUUUAAAUUAUCUUGGUUUUUUAAUAUUAUAUUCGUUUUGUAAUUGCACCCUAGCCUUGAGGUGAUCAUUGUUCGUGCAGGUGGUCCGGCCCUCUCAACAGAUAUUUUAUUUCGUUCUUCAGACAACAAUGCUUGGCAGCUGAAGACAAAACUUUUUCCGUUACUUUAGUGGUCCCACAUACCGCAUAGCUGUCUGUCUGUUUUUCUAAUAUUUCACAACCAAUUUUACUCUGUUCAAGAGAUUCCUCCUAGCAAGCGUUCCUCCACUAAGACUUCUGCAGGCAGCGUUCCUAGAGCAAAACUGGGUUGGUCCUCCACGGUCACGUCGAUAGCCAUUUCCGACAGUGUCGCACUACCAGCUAGUCACGCCACGUCGAGCUUGAGCCAAGGCACACGGUGUCGAUUGAUGUUGCUGCCCUGUCCGCUACAGUGUCUGUCGUGGUAUCCGAAGCCCUUAAAACCACUCUCUCGUCCAAAACCUUGACUGGUAUUUUAAAAAACACUGGACCCCCUAUCCCGUUAAAACCACUGGCCUUGGAAUCCUCCAGCUCUGUUGGCGCCGCCUUAGAUGCUGAGGUAGCUGAUAUUCUCCAGGACGGUCACGCCUCAGGUAGUGAACUUCAAGGACAUCUUCCCUGAAGCCGAGGAAUCUCCCACUCAGAUACCCGAGAACCUAAUACCGAAGAAUUGUGUGCUAACUUGAGAACUCUUUUAAGUUCCUCUUUAACGGCCGGCUCCAGGUGCUUGUAUCAGCGUGCGUGGAGUAUUUUUCGCCAAUUUUACGCUUCUGAUGAUCCUCAUUUGCCCGUACCUCCUACUUGCCUCCCCUUAUUUAUCUGUUAUCUUACAUUUCGUAAAUUGGCUCCACAAAAUCGUUUUUAAUGAAUUCAGAAGCUAUUAACGGCUCUCAGCCCGUCGACAGCCAGUUGACAUACGUCUUCCGGUGACAAGACCUGUUUCACAUGAGCUGGUUCGUGCACUUAGUUUCACUAUUAAAAUUCUUGGACAUUUCAGCGUUAUCUCUUUUUGGCACUUUUUCUUGUGGCCUUCUAUGGUUUAUUUCGCAUAGGCGAACUUACCGCCAAGAGCAAUCGAUUUGCUCACCAGUUUAAUGUGGAACCACAGCGUUGUUUAGCUUAUUGUGGGUUAGACACCAGUCGCUACGAAAGUCACACUUUUCGUAUUGGUGUCGCUUGUCAUGCUGCUGUUUGGGGUUACUCAGAUGCGAAAAUCCGUGCUCUUGGCCGCUGGAAAUCUGAUGUGUGUGUGUGUGGGGGGGGGGGGAAGGGGUUGGGGGCUGAUGGAGGGAAUAAAGAAAGAGGGAGAUAACAAAAAUACAAAAAUAAAGUGGUGAAUUAUAUUUCGGUUUGCAACACAAAUCUUCAACGGGGGCUAUAAAAGGAAAAUGAAUACAGAUAAAAGAUGAACGUUACAUAUGCGUUAUGUAUGUAUGUGUGUAUGUAUCUAUGUAUGUAUGUAUAUCACCGCAUUUGCCUCCAUUUCAAGUACGACCCUCGAAAUCGAGGCUCUUUCGUUCGCAGUCAAUCGAUUCAGAAAGAAAACAAAGGAACGUUGAGAACACAAAUAAAGUGUGAUGUGGAAAACUUAAAGCCCGGGAGAAAUCCUGUUUGGUAUAGAAAGCCACGUUUUUGAAAGCGAAGAGUAUGGAUGCAAGUGAAGGUAAAAAAUUCCUGUGAAUUAAAGUGAUACGUUUCUCAGCAUAUUUCGAGCAAUUCCUGGAACCCUACGGUAAAUAAAGUCGGUGUUUUGGCUAAAUUUGUAUUCAGCCAGGCUUUGUCGUAUUUGUUUAAUUGAUAAAUUGCUUUCGUUAUUAAAAGUUUUCUAGAAAGUGUGACAAGAUUUGUUUUCCCUUGGUAUUAAAACGUUUUAUACACGACGGAAGCAAAGAUUGAAAAUGAUUUGAUACGCUCGCGAUGCUUUAUGAACCAGUUUAAUAUUGAACUCGAUUGGAAAUUCACUCUUUCUCUCACUCUAACGCUCGCGUGCUCUUAACUUUAUCGUGGACAGGUUUCAGACAAAUAAUGCCCUGAUUUAUUCUCACGGACUUUCAUACAGUGUCGCUUGAUAUAAACACUUAUUUUGGUUCAAAGUUCAGUUUUUAUCGAUCGCCUUCGUGUCGUUUAGGUUAAUACGGUUAAUGUCAAAUAUCAACAAUCGAAAUGAACUGCAACUGAUGCAAAUUAUUUGAAAUGUCAUGCUUUACUCCCAGCACUUCACUUUCCACUGGAAACUACUAGUUUUAGACAGUAGAAUAAGAUUUGUGUUCAAGUCGCGGUUGAAACAACCCGUACAUAUUAUGGCCUUCGCGUUGUUGUUUUGUGGAAUCACUUUGCCUAUUCAGUGUACAACCCAUUGAUCGCCCUUCCGGGGUGUGUCGAAUGCCCUUGGCAUUCUGUUGAGGCACUUGUUUUAUUUUUGGCCGAAAUUACAUUGUAUUCUGCGUUUCAGUUUAAAUUAUCUUGGUUUUUUAUAUUAUAUUCCUUUUGCAAUUACACCCUAGCCUUUAGGUGAUUAUUGUUCGUGCAGGUGCUCCUCUCAACUGAUAUUUUAUGUCGUUCGUCAGACAACAAUGCUUGGUAGCUGAAGACAAAACUGUCUCCGUUACUUUAGUGGUCCCACAUACCGCGUAGUUGUCUGUCUGUUUUUCUCAUAUUUCACUACCAAUUUUAUUCCGUAAAAGAGAUUCCUCCUAGCAAGUGUUCCUCCACUAAGACUUCUGCAGGCACCGCUCCUACAGCAAAACUGGGUCGGUCCUCCACGGCCAAGUCGAUGGCCAUUUCCGACAAUGUCGCACUACCAGCUAGUCACGCCACGUCGAGCUCGAGCCAAGGCACCGUGUCGAUUGAUGUUGCUGCCCUGUCCGCCACAGUGUCUGCCGUGGUAACAGAAGGCCUUAAGACCGCUCUCUCUUAGUAGGCUGAGCGACCUCUGCUGGAAAGUUGAGACACAUUUGGUCAGUUAGCUUAUUCCACUUUAAUCCGAGAAGCCCACAUUCACUAGAUUUGACGCCAAGUUGCUGCUUAGCAUAGGUUAACUCGUCUUCGCUCUCUGUUGAUCCAUCCAGUUCUAGCUCUUUCACAUUUGAGUGCCAUUUAUGUAGACAAAGGGUGGCUUGUCCGAAGUUCCCAGUUGUUUGGCCUUUUCUACAGUCCACCCACUGAUCAGCAGGUCGUCUACAUAUAGUUCGCGUUCGAUCUUACCCACACACUCAGGGUGGUCAGCUCGACAAUGGUUAAGGUGCUGUUUGAUCACUCCCCCAAGGAGGAAACGCGAGGGUCCCGGGCCAAAGAGCGCCCUAGUGCCUGUACGUGUGAAUUCGCAAAGGAUCUUCCUUGUCCAUCCAGUGAAACCGGAGGGUAUCACGGUCCUGCGCGCUGAUACGCACUUGGAGGAACGCCUCACGGAUGUCGCCAGUGAGGGCGAAAGCAUGAAACCUGCCUCGCAAAAGUACUUUCCAUAGUUGAUUUUGUAGUGGUGGUCCUACUUCAAGGCAGUCGUUUAAAGAAGGCGCUGAAUCAUGCGCUUUCGCCGAAGCGUCAUGCACGAUUCGCAUCUUCGUGGUUUCGGCGCUCUCCCUGACAACAGCUUUGUGGGGGAUGUAGAACUCUUGCCCAGUCGCAACCAGUGGUGCUUCUUCUAUAAUUCCUUCUUGUAGUUGUUCUUUAAUGAUAGCAUCGUAGUCGUCUAGUUUUCCAGCCUUCUUCAGUCGUUUCACUAGACUUUCAAGUCGCCUCAUGCUCCCUGAUUUGUUCGUUGGUAAGGGAGGAUGAUCUCCCUUCCAGGGAAAGCCUGUCUCAUACCAUCCCUCAGGACUGCGCUUGAGCUGUUCGGGGAAUUCAGCAUAGACGACAUUCCGGUCUCCAUUAGGGGAGUCUUCAAGUCCAAGGACGUCCAUCCUGUACAGCUGUUCAUAGUCACUGGAUGCGCAAGAAACAUGCUGUCCAAGUCUGCUUCUGACCCAGGCGACAAAAUAGCCCACCCAAAACGAGUAUAUUCGGCGACAGGCUCUCCUAUGGCUCCAGGGCGUUGUGCUUCUCGAGUUGUAAUCUUUGCGUAGUAACUUGCUCCUAGAAUCACAUGAACAGGAAGUAGACUCUUUCCGUCGGUAUCCUCCAUUUUAACCCCCUUCAGAUGCUGGUAUCUUUGGAUCAUUUCCGUGAAGCUGGAGUUUUCUAUAGAUAAUAGUUGAGCGCGCUUAACUCUCGUAACGUUCAGUGGAAUGGUGUGGUUUCCGUCAGUAUCACUCACGUUGACAUCAUAGAGCUCGUUCCGUUUAGUUACAACGCCCACGAUAGUUUGGACACGUCGUUUGAGCGAACGUGUGAAAACUAGUUUCAAUAGGUCCAGCAAGUAACCUGAAUCAUACGAGACUGACUUCAAUAACUACUUUUCUUCGGUAGGUAAAAACCUUGGUUCACGCGUGCCUCGUUCAUCUCGCUAUUUUACCGAAUACUUGUCUCCCAAUUAUAAUCCAAGCUCUUUCUUCUUUGAUCCAGUUACGCCAGAGGAAAUUGAGCGUGAGAUACUUUUGAUCCCUAAAAAUAAAACUUACGGUCUCUACUCUUGUCCGAUUCGUAUUUUAACUGACGCAAGAUGCGUUAUUUCGGGCCCUCUCUCCAUCAUCAAAAACAUAUCUGUGCAAAAGGGCAUCUCUCCAUCCAAACUGAAAAAAAACGAAAGUUGUUCCUGUGUACAAAAAUGACGAUGAGACUGAACCUGGUAAUUAUCGUCCGAUAUCAUUACUCUCUACUUUUAAUCGGAUAUUUGAAAAAUUAAUGUACCACCGCCUCAAAUCCUAUCUUGGUAAAAACGAUAUUCUAUUUAAGUCACAGUAUGGCUUGCGCGAAAACCAUUCCAGGCAACAUGCCUUUAUUGAUAUCGUUAAUGUCAUACAAAUAAUGUGGACCAAAAACUUUUUACUUGCGGGAUCUUUUUAGACUUAAAAAAGGCCUUUGAUACCAUCGAUCACUUAAUCUUGCUUAAAAAACUUAAUCAUUAUGGCAUCAGGGGAAUUAUCAAUGCCUGGGUUUGCCUCGUACCUUCUCGGUCGUUCACAAGUAACUGAAGUGGGUUUUAACUUAUCUACCGAAUGUAUGAUCUCAUGUGGUGUCCCACAGAGGUCUGUGCUUGGUCCUCUGUUAUUCUUAAUCUAUAUUAACGAUAUUCACCACUCUUCAGCGAAAUUGUCAUUCUAUCUCUUUGCUGAUGACACGAGCUUGUUGUAUGCUGACACUAAUUUGAAAUCUCUUGAAAAAACCGUCAAUAGCGAACUGCUCAAAGUCUCGGACUUGCUCAAUGUAAAUAAGUUAACGCUCAAUGCUAAAAAGUCAAACUAUGUUAUCUUUCGGUUUGGAGCUAAACUUUGGAACGCAAUUCCUAACGAAUUUCGUCAACUCUCCAAAAGAGCUUUUGAAAAAAAUUUUCGUGACUUUUUACUCUCGAUAAUGGAAGCAGAGGACGAUUAUGUUGAAGCGCCCAUUCUCCUACAAAAAAUGGCAGUGAGAAGGUGACUGACCAGCCGGUGUCAAGAAGAGCUCGGCAGGUUAUGCCAUUCACUUUCACUAAGAAAACAGGGUGGCAUACUUUCUCCCCGCCUAGAGACGCUCGUUAGAGCCACUCCCCCGUUGUCGGUUUGCUGACCUCUUCUCUCUCCUUUAUCACAAAUUGAUGAAUGGUGUCUUUGUUUACAGUGAACACAUGUCCCACGACUGCGUCAUUGAGGUGCAUGGUGUUUGGAUCCCGUGCAGUCAAAACACAGCUUUUUGUUCUGCAAAAUCUGUCGGCGGUCGGCUGGCGAUGCGAUUUUAUCGCAUUCCCAAGAUCUGUGUGUCACGCAAUCACAAUAAACGCACACUUGCCGUGCCGGAUCUUUCUCUUGCGAGUGAAAAGUUUUGACACGAGGAAGACGUAAGGGCGGAGAUGUAUUGUUUUGGACCAUUUCUAGAGGAUGAAUUUCCUUCCAUUCUUCUAAAGCCUGUAGUAGUUCUCCAAAUCCCCAGUCUUGCUCACUAGUUGGCCUUUGAUACCGGGCAACUUGUCAAGAACACCCCGAACCAUAGAUAAACAAUCCGACAGCUUGCCCAGUGUUUUCAGGGAUUGCACAUUAUACUUUAAAGUUUGGCAGAACUGGUGAAUCUUGCUUGGUUGGGAUCUGUGAACAGUCGGAAGGGCGUUGAUGUUAUCCACAUAUGCUCUUACAAUUUCACUCUUUUUCCCGUAAUUCGAUUUCAAUAUAUUUUUAGCUUGCUCUUAUCCCUCUAUGGUGAACGGAGCCUCAUGCCUAUUAUCCAGUUUCCGACGAUAUAUUUGACAGAUCGAGACAGACUUUAUUACCGGGCAAGGAGGAGGAGCGGGAGCAAACAUCGAGGUGAGAAAUCGUCUCUCAUAACAAUUUUAUGUUCAUCGACAUGUUUGUAUCAUUUUGCAAGCAGUGCCCGUUUGUAAUCCUUAUGUGCAAGGGGAAAACAGACCGAAAGAGCCGAACAGCUACAGCAUAAUGGGAAUUUCACCGAAGCUACAACCGUAGAAAGAAACCACAAUCUUCUCUGUGCGUUCUUUGAAGUGAGCGCAGUGUAUCGAUUUCGUUAUAAAGCUAACCUCACAGUUUAAAAAACCUGUAUGAUGUUGUCUAGAUCUUCGAUAAUGGUUUUGUGUUUUGGUAGAGAUUUAUAACAAUUUAUUCCUUCACGUAAGCUUACGUAAAGAUUUGCAUACACAUAGCACACACUACAUGCAAAUUGUUUUAAAGUCACGCUUUUAGUUUCCGCAGGCUGGGUUACGACAAAUGUUUUGUUUCCAAAGGGUAUUACAAGAUUCAAACUUAUUUACCUUUUCUGGUUUAAAAUGGAACAAACUCUUCGUGGAUUUGGCGUUACUCGCUUCACGUCGGCUUCGGCUUCGGCAAGUUUCUCAGCCCGUUUCCUGGAGGAGUUCUGCUACUUAGCUGAGACGAUCUCGUAAAUUCCAACGACUCUUUCAACGGCUCAUAAAGGGAAAACUAACAGGGGUAGACCCGGGUAGACCCCGAAAUGUACAAAGGAGAAAGGUUGAAGUAACAAGUUGACCGAAAUAAUCCAAUAAAAAAGGUUGAGGUAACAAGUUGACCGAAAUAGUCCAAUAAAACCGCUAACAGUAACCAGCAAUAAAUCCAAGAAGAGCGACAAAAACAACACUCAAAUCAUUGUGGUGACUUGCACAUGACCGAGAAAUUCAAACUUGUCACAAAUGCUCAAGAAAUCAAAACAUUUAAAAGUAACGUAACUACUAUCAAGAUUAAGUGUUCCAACAACUCUCCACGGCCUUAUAGUGUGGAAAUUACCCACACAAGCUUGGAAUAAAGGGAAAAUCUGAAAACGGCUCUUCGCAAGCGCAAAAAUCACUCUACAACCAAGAGCGCGCUUACAGCGGCAUCCCCUCUGGCCUGCUUCGAGAUUAGAUCGAGAAAUGAGGAGGCGAUUAAUUCUACAAGAAAAGUAUGAUUUACUCGCUAAAGGUUUUUUACUUCCUACUUUAUCGACGUCGAUACUUUUUAUUUGUUUCUGAAUUGAUUUAGUACGCUUGUUAGCGACGACCGGAAAUACAUCUGCGGUCGCACGAUAUACUCGUGUACUGAAAUACACGAAAAUUCAAGGGCCUCGAUUCGACAGAAAUUGCAUCAUUGCCAGGUAUCGAAAAAGUGAUUGACAUGGCACAUCACUUCAAUCAUCGCCGAAAAUAAAUCGCAUGCUCAUCACGACGCUCAUUUGCAUACAGUGAAAGUUUACAACACUUGACCAUCGCAAUUUUGCUAAUUAAGAUUCUGUUUUUUUUUCGACCACUCAGGUAGUGUUCACUUGCUCCAAAAUAAUCAACUCUUUCAAGCGAUAGAAUUCGUGGACCGACACGUUUCGGAAAAGCUCUAAAUUUAAUCUUUCCUAAACAUGCGUGGCCUCCAUCACGCAGCGAUUCUUAGUCCCAGUUUCCACGGUAUCCACAAGGAACGCCUGGCACAAUGACCUGCCUUUUGUGUCCCAAAAAAAUGACCAACAAUUCCGGGGGGAUACUUCCAGAAAAAUUGGGUGGGGGUGUGCUGCACGUUUCCUGAAACUCUUACCCUAUUUCACACCAAAAUCUGUGAUUUUCCCUACCCUGUUUCAGACCUAAUCAAAAAUUCGAUACCCAGACCUGAAGCCUUGGAGCCCGGCGCGUGAUCGGAGCGCGUGACAAGCUGUUACGGCACGUACAUGGUAGUUGGCGUACCUUAUUAUAGGAAAUUAACGCUCUAUGAAAUUAACGCGAAUCGUUAAAAUUCGCGUUAAUUUAAGUCGCGUUAAUUUUCUUGAGCAUUAAUUUCCGCGACGUUAAUUUAGUGCAGCGUUAAUUUCCGCGCUCUUAAUUUUCAGUAUUUUAACUCCAAUUUUAGAACCUGUCCAGACAUUCUUGACACCUAAAAACCAUUAACUACAAGCUUUCUUUCUUCCCAUUUACCCUUUAUUUUUCAUCUUUCACAAAAGCUAAGGCGAAUGUUUACAAUAUUUCGAGUUCAUCUUCAUCCUUGUCGCUGUCAGAAGUGAUGUCAGCUCAGUUUUGUUCAGUUUUGAAUUUUUUUGCAUCCAUUGUUGAAUUAAAUUUGUUGCAGUUGUCACCACCAACUGUCUUAAUCGCGUUAAUUUCCUUUAUUAUGAAAUUCUACCUCCUCUUUCGCGUUAAUUUUCUUUAUUCGAAAGUCGUUUUCCAUUAAAUUCGCGUUAAUUUCCAAUACCUUAAUUUCAUGGAGCGUUAAUUUCCUAUAAUAAGGUAAACAUUAAAAGGGAAAUGGUCUUAUCGCCAAAUGAUGAAGAAAAAGCUAAUUCUUCUGAAAAACAUACCCAAUUCAAGACUAGAGUGCACAAACCGUACCCUAUUUUAGACCAAAAUGGUCGAAUAUAGACCAAAACGGCUAAAAAAACCAUACCCUUUGGCGUCGCACAUACCUAGAUAGACUAUAUAAGGGACUACCCACCCACCCCCGGGGCGAAAAACGCGCUGCAGAUUAUGAAUCUCGCUGCUUACGCCAGCGAGACUAAUAACGCAUUCUGAUUGGUUGAAUCUUGUGACCCACAUAGCCUGAAAGGUGUCUUUUGUUCUCGUCGCCAGCUUUUGUUUCAGAUCUUAUCUAAUAGUUCCAAAAAAAGAUGAUGUUCAACCGAUGAGUUUGAUGUCAUUACUGUUGAACUGCAAACCAGUCAUGAAUAUUGGCUUCAAUUUGCAGACCACCUUUCUCCUAAUUAUGUUAUGUAAGUAUCAUUCUCAAUUACUCUUAUGAAAAUUUUUCAUGCAAUUUUAGUUUCUUUAAAGGAGGAUACAUAUCAAAUUAUUAUUAUUUAACUUUCAUCUUCAUGAUUCGUUAAUCUGAAAAGUACGAGAGGAAAAACAAUUGGGUGGGGGAAUCUUAUUUAUUAUAUACAUACUGAGAAAUACUCACCAAAAAGCUAUGUCGUAAAUUUUCGUACGCAAAUGAAUUCUAGCCAAUCAGAGGAGCGAACGAUGGUUUUCACACGUGAAAAAAAUGAUACGUCCAAUCAGAAUCGCGAACGAUGUUUUUUCACGUGUGAGAAAAAUGAUACGUCCAAUCAGAAGCCACAGAGGUGUGUGAGUUUCGCGCCAAAAUUCCCGCCUUUUAUUGCAGCUUGCAGCGCCGCUUCGCACACAUUCAACGAGAAAAGUUUUACUCAAAGAGUUUUUCUCACUAAAAAAGUGAAAAACAUUUCGGAAAUGGAGUGGAAUAGUUUCGUUUGUUUCACUGUCGAUAAAGAAAACGGUAGACAGCCGGCGAAACAACAGCGGAAAGGGAAAAACAGAACGAGACGUAAGCUUUUGUUGUGCUUUUUGUCGGAGCUACUUUGCCUUCAUUUAAGCUUAAGCUUAUAUUGAAACCGGUCAUUUUACUUAAAUUCACUCAUUUUCAAUUGUGCAUUGAGAACAAACAGUUAAGAUUACUUAUAGUUCUUGGAUUACCCCAUAUCCUUACCGUCAUUUAUGUUUUUAACAAACGUUUUUACCAAAAAGCUGAUACUUCGUUUUCGUUGUCAUUUUGCGGUAAGUGUGUAGCGGCAAAUUUUAGCAUUUUUGAAAGAUUUAAAAUAAAAAGGCUGCCAAAAUGAUGAAUGUCUCAGUAUGUAUAUAAUGAACACAAUACCACAUGGAAAGUGCUGGCGUACGGUAUUUACGCACUCGUUGUUUUUGUAUCAGAAAUCUUACUCGUUCGCUGCGCUCACUCGUUCGAUUUCUGAUACGUCAACAACUCGUGCGUAAAUACCGUACGCCAGCACUUUCCAUGAAGUAUUCUCUAUUUACGUAACUAAAGAUUACAUUGAAUUAAACUGAAAAUACUGCUACACACCGAAAUUUUUAAAGUGAAGACUUGCGGUGUAACUUUGAGGAAAACACUUCUUCCGUCGCGAAUGGUUUUACGUAGCCUAUACUGAAACCAGGUUUCGCAAAGUUUAUUAUACAAGAUAGCUCGUGAUUUAUCAUGAGUGCGACCCUGCGAGCGCUCUAGGAGAAGAAGGGCAGUCUACUUUAGCUGGAAGUGUCUGGCAGCGGAUCCUGAUUUGAAAACGUUCCAGAUGAAGAAACAUUCUUACUAUAGAUACAGGGUGCAAGUUUCAGCUAAACGCUUCAGGGUCAUGCUGCGAGAGUACAAAUUAAAUUACUGAGUAUUAAGUUGAACUGAUUGCCAAUUUACGAAAGAUUCAGGUUUUUUAGACUGCUCCUAGCUAAGACCGGUUGCUAUUAGUGCUGAAAAACAACUUACAUAGCUGGGAAAAUUAAUAGUUAUACUUAUUGUUAGGAGGUAUGAAAGUUUAAGUAUUGAAAAACUUCAACUGACUUGGUGACAAGGUGAUUUAUAUUACACUUGCAUUUACCUAACGUGAUAAAAUGCCUUCUUUGAAGUAAUCAGUUUCGUAUUCAGUUUCAGCAUUUGUCAAAGUCCACGGAUUAGCUUUUGAUUCUGAGCCAAACAACAGUACGAUAGCAGCGACAGGAUCAAACCAAAUAUUCACCUGGAAGCUGUCCCUCGGAGAGAAAGAUAAGUCAAAGCAGUUACAAGUUCAGUUUGGUCCUUGGGAUCGGAAAUACAAAAUAGUGAAGUCAUUUUUCAUAACUGUUAAACAAGAACCAUCUGGAGAAAAUGAAACUGUGGCUAGAGCAAAUCAAUCGACUGCGAGGCGUUUGCAUUGGAACGGAGACUUGUCUCGUGACUACUAUAUCGCUUUUGAACUUGUCAAUAUUCAGCGCAAAGAUGCUGGAGAUUAUGGAAUGAGGCUCCGUGUUGACCAUUUCCCUCCCAUCGUCUUACAGAACUGGUUCUCUCUUAUUGUUCAAGUAAGAAGAGUUUUUUUUUCAGACAGACAAUGGAAAGAUUCCCCCCCCCCCCCCCCCCACCCCCCCACCUUGUCUGCGGUCCUAUAAUCAAUUUUGCGAUUGCUUUUUUGCCGAAUAUCGCUAUUGAAACUGGACAUCAUUUAUUAGGGUUUCCGAUUUUGCUCCGAUGGUCUCCCGGUUAUCCUUGACUAUAUGGGUCACCAAAGAUGGCGAGUUUGUCUUUAUACAUGACGUGAUGACGUUAUAUAUGUCGCCUUAAGUGUCAAAUACAGAAAUAUCAAACCGUGUAAAAAUUUGCAUUCUUUAUUUCUUAACUUUCGAUCCUAUACGAAACUGUUGAAUAACGCAGCGUACAUCAAUGACUAAGCUGGACUUUUUUACGAUUUAAGAGCGAGGUUGAAGUGCACCUCGCUAACUCUCUCCAUAGUGUCAAGUAACAAAGAAAUUUUUGCGUUUAAGAUUAUGGUUUUUGAUUAAAGUGCUGAGAAUUUUGUAACGAAUUAGCCACAUACACUGAGAACUUUGACUGGCGAACCUGCGAUGGAUUGAUCACAUCAUUAGUCAUUUUAAUUUAUAGCUCAUAUUUGAAACACAUUAGACCUAACUACUGUUCCUGUUUUCGUCCUAGGAUCCAACGCCCAAGCCGUAUAUUGGUAAGUUUUUAUAACGCCUAAUUUAGAAUUGAUAUUACGGACUACAUAUACUUGCGUGGUUUUCUGUAGUAAUAUGUCCUGUCAGUAAUUGUGUUUAAAUUACUCUAUCUAUCAAAGGUCAUCACAACACAGUCAGUACCCUAAAAUUUUCUUAUGGAUAUACCACUUUUCUUUAAGCGGCCUUAUAUAAUAUCGCCCAGCCACAGUUCAGUCUAUAAGCGCCAUCCCAAAAUAGUGAUAAUAAAUGAAAGUUAGAGGCGCGCCUUAGAUCGAGAACUAUGAGGAAGGACCUGCUUGUGGGCAGUACACACACACACAAGGUGAGAUGUUCAAUUGAUCUUUAACCUCCAGAUACUCGACACAUAACUCUGGAUGUCAUUGAAGGGGAUGACGUAAACAUCACUUGUCGUACCAGCGUGGAAGCGAGAUCAUAUGUGAUGUGGUUUAAAGACAGAGUUCCCGUUUAUGCAGAGCAAAGCAAGUUUUUAUCUCUUACAAAUGUGAACAGAUUACAGGGAGGGAACUACUCUUGCGUAUCUAUAAACCAGGCUGGAAAUACUACGUCGCCCAUCACAACUAUUAAUGUGCUCUGUGAGUACUGAAACAAACAGUAAGACUAAUAUUUAAAAGCUGUUUCAUUCUUCAGGGGCGUGCGUUUAUCGAGUUGAAGAUUUCCGCGUUUAUGCAUCAGUCCGGCAGUUCCAGCUGCGCUCAGUCCCCUCCCACCGGGCUACUGCGGGGUAUUUGCCCGCCUUUUCAGUCCAGGGGGUGGAGCAUUUGCCAAUUUUGCGCUGCCCGGGGGCUGGGCAUUCGCCAAACCCAGGGCUAUUCCAGAGCUUUUGACACGCACGCGAUUUCCUGUCAGAAUAUAAGAAUUACAUAGCGAAACUCGGGAGCUAUCGAUAUGAAUCAACGUUUUUUGGUCAGUGAAACAAAUUAGGCUGUUGAUAUUAUUUGGAGAACAUCCUUUCAUAUUUAUAAGCUAUUCAUAACAUAUAGCUUCACAGCGCUCUAUUAAUUAAUUUUAAUGUCAAUAAUUUUAUAUCAAUACUAAAACCAUAAACUGGUGCAUGUCGUCGCAGCGUGAAGUCUUAAUUAGAAUCCUAGCGCCGGGGGAUUUGACAGCUUAAGAGUCCCCACCCCCGGAAAUUUGCCAUCCAAGGCAAAAAAAAAUGCUAAUGCCCGGGGGUGGUUGGGCGCAGCUGGAAUUGACUGAUGCAUAAGUUUCAAGAGAAUAAGUAAGAGAAUCCCAGAAAUGCUAGAGGUGUACUCGCCAGGCAUCCCAUGUAAGUGCUUUCAUGCAUAAUUCGAUAUAUACACAAAUAAAGCAUAAGCUAAUAGCUAACUACACUGCAAUCCUUUAUGCCAAUUAAGCUUUUUCUACGGUCGGAGACUAAACCGUUACAAAAAGGCAAUUUCUAGCCCUAUAGCCUUAUAUUUAAAAUUUUUCUUUCUUUAAUUUCAUUCAUUUUCAAUGUUUGUUACCAAAUCAUAAAAUUGCAAUUAUUUAAUAGUUUCAGGUUUUUCGAUUAUAUAUGAAAACAAACACUAGAUGUAGCAUUGUUUUUUGCUGUGAGCUAACUGAUCCUUUAACUGAUUUGGUUAAGUGUUUACAAUGUCUAGAUAUGAAUUAAAACGUCUCAUUUCACUGCAGAUAAACCAAAAAUUCAUUCUUUAAGAAAGCUCAUUUCUGUUGCUCUGCUGAAACGAAAUCCGAUAACGCUGCGGUGUGAAGCAGAUGGAAAUCCUUCACCGACGUUUUACUGGCACAAAGACGAUGAAAUUAUAUACGAGGGCUUCAACAGUAGCGGCAAUGCAAGCACUUUGACUGUAACUCCUGUGAAUGACAAGGAUUUCACUCGCUAUGUAUGCACAGCAAAGAAUAAAUUAGGACUGGACGCCCUAACAUUCCAACUGCAAAAGAAAGGUAGGUAG